AUGAUCUGCGCCUCGUAUAAUGGGCCUGGCCGAAAACUUAUUCUCGCAUUCGAUAUAGGGACAACCUUUAGUGGAAUAUCUUACAGCAUUCUCGAUCCUGGUCAAGUGCCGGAAAUAAAAGGAGUAACUAGGUUCCCGGCUGACGAACUGGGGAACGGCUCUUCAAAGAUUCCUACCGUGAUCUACUACGAUCGACAUGGCAAAGUUCGUGCUGUGGGUGCUGAAGCGUUGCGAGAAUCUGUACAAGACAUAGCUAUGAGCGAGGGAUGGGUCAAGGCGGAGUGGUUCAAGUUGCAUCUUCGCCCCUCCCCCGAAGAAUCGAUGCACGUGGGGAGCGAAUUACCCCCUCUCCCCUUAAACAAGUCUUGCAUUGAGGUCUUCGCUGACUUUCUCACAUAUUUGUUUCAAUGUGCCUUGAGAUUCAUCAAAGACGCACACGCCAACGGAGAGAAUCUGUGGUCCUCUGUCCAAAAGGAUAUCCAUUUCGUCCUCUCCCAUCCUAACGGCUGGGAAGGUUUUCAACAGUCCCAGAUGCGGAAGGCGGCAGUCCUAGCAGGGCUCAUCUCGGAUACGCCUGAUGAACAUGCGCGCAUUACAUUUGUGACGGAGGGCGAAGCAAGUCUGCACUUUGCGAUUCAAAAUGGCUUGUCCGCCCAAGAUAUCAAGGCAAGGACGGUGAUGCUAUGUAUGGGUUUACCACUGACUCUUUUGCAGGAAGGAGAUGGCGUCAUUAUAGUAGAUGCUGGCGGAGGCACUAUCGAUGUGAGCACUUACGGUAAGAGCGCCAACAAAGUGGCCUUUGAAGAAAUUGCUGCUCCGGAAUGUCAUUUCCAUGGUUCCAUAUUUGUUACUGUUCAUGCGCGGCUCUUUUUGAGUGAACACUUGGCAGAAUCACCUUUCAUCGACGAUCUCGACGACAUUGUCCGCUGCUUUGACUCCACCACGAAAUUGCGAUUCCGAAGUGAGUAUGAACCGGAAUACAUUAAAUUCGGAUCAACGAAGGAGAACGACCCCGAUCUCGGAAUCCGGUUUGGCCAACUGAAAUUGGCGGGAUCUGACAUUUGUACAUUCUUUCAGCCCUCAGUCGAGUGUAUUGUCAACGCCAUCUUAGAACAGCGGAAGUCGGCUAAGGGAAGAAUCUCGCACGUCGCCCUUGUGGGAGGUUUUGCGGCUAGCAACUGGCUAUCAAGCGAGGUUCAAAGAUCACUCGAGCCCUUUCAUCUCAACAUCUUCCGGCCCGACACUAGGGUGUACGUCUAUGUCAUCGACCACGAUAAUUCCUUUUCUUAUCUCACCAACAGUAACAAGGCAGUUUCGGAUGGUGCAGUGUCCUUCCACCUCAACAGCAUUGUUCGAAGCCGUAUUUCGAAAGUAGCUUAUGGUAUCCACUGCGAUCCAUACUAUGACGGUACAAACACAGAACACCUGAAACGCUCGUCAUCUUCGUACCAAGGACAUUCGGGCGCGUACCAGAUUCCUAAAGGCUUCAGCAACAUCUUGCCUGCCAAAACCGCAGUAUCAGACAAGACGGAAAUCCGGCGCGGCUAUAUACGCGAUUCGCAGACAAAAUAUACGGAGCUCCAUGAAGGCAUUUUGUGUUACCGAGGCGAACUUCCUCAACCUGAGUGGUUAGAUGUGGACGCUGAUAUGUACAAACCCGUGUGCGAUAUCACGGCAGACAUUUCACGUAUGAAGCAAUCUCCACUACCUAGAAUCGAUGGGACAGGCGGAAAGUAUUAUAGUGUGAACUAUGAUGUUAUUCUGUUGUUCGGAUUGACCGAGUUGCAGGCACAGGUGGCUUGGGAAGAAGAUGGUGUUGAGAAACGGUACGCUCGCUCCUUAGAUAUCAUUUCGAGAACAUCUGGGUUCUGA